AUGGCAGAGCAGAUAGUUAGUGGAGGACAGAAUAGUUUGGAACACGGGGGACUAGCAUUGCUGCGGAGUACAUUUCUCUGCGAAGAACAGGACGUGGCCGUCAACGAUGUACAUACGCCAUUUGUGAAUUUGGAGAUACCCGAUAGAACGCUUGGUUUCAAAGGCUGGCGUAUCGGUGUAUGUGUUCCAAGAGAGACAGAUUUGGGUAACGACACUAGAUCUGCAUUUGGUGGAAAGGUACAUAAUGGAAGCUAUUCCGGUAUCAAAAGUUUGAAUAAUCUCAUUGAUAAAACCGCAAUCAAUGCGAUAAUCUCGGAGAUUGUCAGGCCUGGCCAUCGUAAAUCAUGUUCAACCGAGUGA